AUGCGCCGUGCCCGCUCCCCGGAGAGCCGCGGCAGGGGGCCGGGGUGGGUGCCGGUCCUGAAUCUGCGUCUCGAAUCGAUCCUCGACGGCAGCAUCUUCGCGUCGGUAGCUGCUCUUCUUCUCGGGAAUUUAAUAGAAAACGUUUACAUAGCUUCGAGAAGCAGGAAGGACCCCAAGCCCCCCCAGGCCAGCGAGGUCCCUGAGCACAGGCCGCCGAUGAACAGCAUUACUGUGUCUAAGAAACGCAGCUGGCUGCAGCAGAGCACGCACCGACGUCCUCCUCCGGAAGAAGAAAACACCUGUAAGGAAACGCAGGGGGCUGUUGCGCCGGUACCCAAAUCUCCCAUCCCGCUGCCUUCUGAACCUGCCGCGCCGCGGGCUCCUUCCACCUCCCCGGUGGGGCGGGAGCGCCCCGCGCGAAGCCGCGCUCCUGCUGGUGCCCUGCCCAGCACCGCGAGCCCUGCCGCGGCGCGGAGCGCUGCUUCGGACCUGGGUGAGGAUGACGACGCAGAUGAUGAAGGAGAAAUAUGGUACAACCCCAUCCCUGAAGAUGAUGAGCCCGACUUGCCGAGGGGCCGCCCUUCCGCUGUGAAUAGCCCUGUUGCUGUGGGGUCCCUGGCGGUUCGGUACAACCCCCCCUCCGGGGGUGACUCUGGGAUGGCUGUGGGUCCCCACGAGGGUCCCCCGCGCUCCACGGAGAGCGCGGGGAGCAGUCGGACGGCUCAGCCCAGCGAAGCCAGUCAGGCCGAUGCCGCGCAUCCUGGGGAGCAUGUGCAGCAGCACCGGCAGAGAUUUGCCUGCAAGGCUCCCAGUGUGCCGGCAGUAGAAGACAAUCCUGCCUUUAAGUGCCCUUCAACAGGGUCUGGAGUUGUACUUGCACACAAGGCUGAUAUACCCUCAACAGAGGUUUCCCCUCCAAGUCCCAGUCCUCUGAAAAAAAGCGGAUCAAUCAACUGGCCUUUCCCUGAUAGAAUUAAAUCUCCCAGGACUGUGAGGAAGCUUUCCAUGAAAAUGAAAAAGCUGCCAGAGCUGAGCAGGAAGCUGAGUGUCAAGGGAACUUCAAGCCAUACUAGUUCAGAUAAUCCUCCUUCCCUGCCAAAGGCUAGCUGCCGGGAUACAAGCCAUACGGUGUCUUUGCCAUCUUCUGGAAACUCAACCACAGCUGCCAGCAGGAACGUGAUAAGUCGUUACCAUCUUGACAGUAGCGUGUUGUCACAACACACCUACAAAAAGAAGAGCUCAAGGAGCUCCAAAUCCUUCAACAAAGGUGGUUACCUCAGUGAUGGCGACUCUCCCGAACUUAUAACAAAAUCAGGUAAACAUGGGCAUGAAACCAAGUGCGGGAAAGGAAGGGAGAGCCUUCCAAGUAACAGUGGUAAAACUGAAAUAGAUAUUGAUGCUUUCAGACACUACAACUUUUCUGAUCAACCCAAGUGCUCUCAGUACAUCUCUGGACUCAUGAGCAUUCACUUCUAUGGUGCUGAAGACUUAAAACCACCAAGAAUAGACUCAAAAGAUGUCUUUUGUGCAAUACAGGUUGACUCAGUAAACAAAGCGAGAACAGCUCUGCUUACGUGUAGGACAACAUUUCUAGAUAUGGACCACACAUUCAACAUAGAAAUUGAAAAUGCGCAGCACUUAAAGCUGGUGGUGUUCAGCUGGGAACCCACUCCGCGGAAAAAUCGGGUAUGUUGUCAUGGAACCGUGGCUCUUCCCACUCUCUUCCGAGUGACAAGGACACAUCAGCUGGCUGUCAAACUGGAACCAAGGGGGCUUAUUUACGUCAAGCUGUCGCUCAUGGAGCAGUGGGAGAACUCUCUUGAUGGCCUCGAUACAGAUCGGGAGCCUGUGAUGUUCGGGGUAGAUGCUCGAAAAGUUGUAGAGAAGGAAAAUGCAGGCUUGAUGGUGCCACUUUUGAUGCAGAAAUGCAUUCUGGAGAUUGAAAAGAGAGGCUGUCAGGUGGUAGGCCUGUAUCGGUUAUGUGGCUCAGCAGCGGUUAAGAAGGAGCUUCGGGAGGCCUUUGAGAGGGACAGCAAGGCUGUUACCCUCUGUGAAAGCCAGUACCCAGAUAUUAAUGUCAUAACAGGCGUCCUAAAGGAUUACCUGCGAGAGCUACCCUCUCCCCUGAUAACCAAGCAGCUCUACGAAGCAGUGUUAGAUGCCAUGGUGAAAAACCCCUUGAAAAUAACAGCAAACGGUUGUGAGAAUGACCCGAGUGACUCUGAGCACACAGCAGCCCUUCUGGAUUGCCUGCCAGAUGUUGAGAAGGCUACCCUGAAGAUGCUGUUGGAUCACCUGAAACUGGUGGCUUCUUACCAUGAAGUAAAUAAGAUGACGUGCCAGAAUUUAGCUGUAUGUUUUGGGCCCGUGUUACUGAGCCAGAGGCAGGAGACCACAAACCAUAACAACAGAGUUUUCACGGACUCAGAAGAGCUUGCUAGUGCCCUGGACUUCAAAAAACACAUAGAGGUUCUUCACUAUUUACUCCAGCUGUGGCCAGUACAUCACUCGCCUGCCAAAGAGCCAGCACACCUGAAUGCAUUUCCCGAGCACCCAUCCUCCCUGAAUUACCUGAGACCCAAGAGGCAGAGACCUCAGAUGCUGAAUCUGAGUGGUACUGAGAUGUCUGGGGUACUCAGACCAAGGCCAGCAGGUCUAGACAGCCCGUCGAGCAACCGCUACGCUGGAGACUGGAGUAGUUGUGGGGAGAACUACUUCUUAAACCCAAAAGACUGCCUGAGUGAAGCAGACUACGAUGAUGUCCCUUCAGAAGAUACGGAGAGUGGGGAUGACAGCAGCAAAGCUGAGGAGUUGGAUGCCCCGGUAAGAUACCCGCAGCCCAUCCCCAGAGAGCACACGUUUCAGAGCUAUUUGACAAUGCAAGCAAUAGACUCCGCGGUGGAUCACAGAGCAAACCUCAAAGACCUGCAGGAAAGUAUUGAUACUCUGAUAGGAAACCUGGAAAGGGAACUCAACAAAAACAAACUAAAUAUGAGUUAUUAA